AUGCAGAACUCUUGCAGCAUUGGUGGCAGCUCUCGCCUUUCCUCAGUCCGAACAGGAGGCUCCUGCCGUGCUCCAAGCAUCCACGGAGGAGCUGGUGGCAGGGGUGUCUACAUGUCUUCAGCUAAGUACACCUCCUCUGUAGGAGGUGGAUAUGGUGGUGGCUCAUGCGCUGGUUUUGGAGGAGGCUUCGGUGGCUUUGGUGGAGGAGCUGGCUUUGGUGGAGGAGCUUGCUCUGGCUUUGGUGGAGGAGCUGGCUUUGGUGGAGGUUUUGAUGGUGGUGCCUUUGGUGGUGGCGAUGGCCUUCUUUCUGGAAAUGAAAAGAUAACUAUGCAGAAUCUGAACGACCGGCUGGCCACGUACCUGCAGAAGGUGCGAGCACUGGAAGCGGCAAAUGCAGAAUUAGAAGUCAAAAUCCGAGACUGGUACCAGAAGGAAGCCCCCACCAGCCCAGCUCGAGACUACAGUAACUACUAUAAGAUAAUUGAAGAUCUCCGAGACAAGAUCCUUGCAGCUACUAUUGACAAUUCCAGAGUCAUUUUGGAGAUCGACAAUGCCCGGCUGGCUGCAGAUGACUUCAGACUGAAAUACGAGAAUGAGCUGUUCCUUCGCCAGAGCGUAGAGUCUGACAUCAAUGGCCUGCGCAGAGUCCUGGACGAGCUGACUCUGUCCAGAGCUGACCUGGAGAUGCAGAUUGAAUCGCUGAAGGAGGAGCUGGCCUACCUCAAGAAGAACCACGAGGAGGAAAUGAAAGAGUAUUCCAACCAGCUCAGUGGCACAGUCAGCGUAGAAAUGGAUGCUGCUCCUGGCAUCGACCUGACCCGAAUCCUCACUGAGAUGAGGGAGCAGUACGAAGCUCUGGCUGAGAAGAACCGUAAGGAUGCCGAGGCCUGGUUCCUCACUCAGACUGAUGAGCUGAACCGCGAAGUAGCCACUCACACAGAGCAGAUACAGACCAGCAAGUCGGAGAUCACAGAACUGAGACGCACGCUCCAGAGCCUCGAGAUUGAGCUCCAGUCACAGAUGAGCAUGAAAGCUGGACUGGAAGCCAACCUGCGGGACACGGAAGGCCGGUACUGCGCACAGCUGUCACAAAUCCAGAACCUCAUCACCAGCGUUGAGGAGCAGCUGAGUGAAAUCCGCUGUGACAUGGAGCGUCAGAACCAGGAGUACAAAAUGCUCAUGGACAUCAAGAGCCGCCUGGAGCAGGAAAUCGCCACAUACCGCCAGCUGCUGGAGACCCAGGACUCCCAGAUGACAGGAGUGAACCCCAAGGAUGCAUCAUUUGUGAGCAGCACAAGAUCUCGCGUGGCUGUGGAAGAUGAUGGAAAACCUGCUGCUGCUCGGAGAUUCUAA